CGUCGCGCAGCGCAUUUUCCUCUGACGCACUCUGCUGUGAUUGGCCGUUGGAUGGACGUGAACGUGGCUCACCCGUUGAACGUUCUGCGCGCGAAAGUAUUAUAUUUUUUUAAUACCAAAAAUUUUAUCGCGCAUUCACAUUGCGAUUGAGGUAUAUCGCGGUCGUUACUGCAUUCAAUUAAAUCAACUUCAUUUAACAAAAACACAAUAUGCCACCCAAGACCAGCGGCAAGGCUGCCAAGAAAUCUGGCAAGGCGCAGAAGAACAUCUCUAAGACUGACAAGAAGAAGAAGCACAAGAGGAAGGAGAGUUACGCAAUUUACAUUUACAAAGUGCUCAAGCAGGUCCAUCCUGACACCGGAAUAUCCAGCAAGGCGAUGUCGAUAAUGAACUCGUUUGUGAAUGACAUUUUCGAACGCAUCGCUGCGGAAGCAUCUCGUCUGGCGCAUUACAACAAGCGCUCCACCAUCACAUCCAGGGAGGUGCAAACAUCUGUACGUCUCCUUCUGCCAGGCGAGCUGGCAAAGCACGCAGUCAGUGAGGGUACCAAAGCUGUCACCAAGUACACCAGUUCAAAGUGAGAGCUACUAGCUAGAUAGUAAUGUAAAAUCGGUGGUGUGUGUGUGUAUGUACGUAAACGCACGCAUGCACGCAACCCGAACAUACAUACAACUUAUGUCAUCCAAAAGGCCCUUUUCAGGGCCACAA